CGCCGUUUCAGACAACUUUAGCAGCGGACGCAGCAACACCACAAAACCAGCAGCAAUAGCACCACCUCUAUCGCGAAGUGAAAUCCGAAAUCUCUCGAAGUAAACGAAAGUUGGUAUCGAUCGACAUAUCGAAGACACACAAAAUAUACAGAGAGAAAUUUUCCAGUGCAAUUUUUGGGUGAAUUUUUAAGUGAAUUGUGUGCUUGACAAUCGCGUGCUGAACUUUUCCGUUUUUCCAGUGCCAACGAGCCAAAACUACACUCCGCCAAAGGUGUAAUUAAAAUUUUGCUUAAUUGUUUUGAGUUCAGCCAGCUGCGAGACAUCGGGAUUAACAGACAGUCAUGUGGAAUCAGAGUAAAGUGCACGCCUAUCUGCUGCUCGCGAUAGUGGCCAGCAAUUGCCUGCUGAUGACCUACGCCUUCCCGCAGCAGGAGGUCUACCAGAGACAGCACCAGCUGUCCCAGUCCCCAGUCUAUCGGGCGGAGGAGAAUGCCAGGAAGUUCGCGGUGAAGCCGAACGCCUCGAAGAAGGUGGCUCUGGACGACAUCGAGGACGAUCUGGAGAACAAUCAGCUGCAGGAGAGUGUGGGCGGCCCCGGCGGAUUCACCUGGUCCAACAUGCUGUCCACCGUGAUGACCAUGUUCUUCAAUGGCGCUGUGAAUGCCCCGUCCAAGUCCGAAGAUGUGGACUCCCCGAUCGGACUGGGCGGCAGUCCCUGGGCCAAUGUGAUCUCCAUGGGUCUGCGCAUCAUCAACACUCUGCUGGGCGGCGGAGCACCCAGCGAUGGCAUCGAUAAGGUUGACAACGGCGGAUCUCCCAUGCAGGGCAUAUUGGUGGCUGUGAUGUCUGCCGUUUUGGGCUCCAGAGACCCCGAUCAAGUCAACUCGAUGGCCAAACAAGCUGGCGAGUUCAUUCAGAUCGUGAUGAAUCUGCUGGACGCCCUGAAGACCUCCUUCUCGCACCGCUCCCUCACCGCCCGCUCCCUGGGCAAACGUGACUCGGUGAGCGAUGCCGUCGUCGCGGGCAUCUCCCUGAUGAAGGGCUACGUCCGCACCUACCGCAACUCCGAGGACAAGUGCACGCAGCGCUACAUGUGCGACGCCAACACGGAGUGCGUGCGCGAGAUUGGCGGCAGCAGCAUCUUCUGCCAGCUGGGAUCUUACGCCACCAGCUAUGUGCUCGGACGCAGCAGUGGCGGCAGCUUUGAGGAACUGUACGAUGCCGGUCGCCGGGGGCGCUCCGGCUUUGACUGCCGCCAGAUGUAUCUGGAGUGCAAUGAGGUCUAGAUCCGACAGGGGGCCUAGUGGCUCACUGAACUUCGUUAGUGCUUACGACUGGACUUUUCUCUUAACUAAUUUAAAUUAAUUUAUGUACUUCCAUUUAGAUCUUAGCUAUUUAUAUUAUUUAUUUACAAAAAUUCUGUAUUUAUUUGCGUUUCUGACCAAAACAACAAUCCU